AUGCUGAGGCAGCUGUGUUGGGUGGCAUGGGCAUCUGAUAAGCCUCUUGCGACUGGGGCAUCCCGUAUGCAACGCUCUGCGGCUGUCUCAGAGGCGGGGGAACGCGCAAGGACGCCAGAUCUAUAUACUAACGCCUUAUGCCUACCUAGGAAGCAUCUCUAG